GAAUUGCUUCUUUCUCCCAUAACCUAACCAGCAGAACGCUUCUGGCACUUCGUUUGUGUGUACGGGUUAGGUGCAAUUUUAAGCAAAGAAGUGCUUGUCCUGGCGCCAUAGGGCAUAGAGCGUUCUGCCACCACCUGAUUACAUCUACUAUUGCUCUAUCCUUCUUGUGAGGGUUGGACCGGAGUUCCUUGCCUUCUUCUCUAACCUGAAUUACAACUGUUGGGACUCUUGACAUCCUAUAAAGAGCCCCAACAGCUGUCACGCUAGCACUGCGGCACAUGCAAGCCGUUCCAUUGUUUGUUCCAGGAAAUGCCUGAGCCGCGGACUCGCCCCCAACGAGCCGCGAAGCUUGAGGCGCAACAGAGGAUAGCCGCGCAGGCACAGGGGCGUGACGUUCAUCCCGAGGAGUCCCCGUCUCCGGACGGACCAGUCAACCUGUUUCCCUCAAAUCAGCGGAAUCCAUCAACGGACCCGAACAAGGAGAACGUAAAGCUGAACGCGCAAGCCAAGCACGUCGCGACCAAGGCUGCCAAGGCUCCCUUGGCCGCGCCGCCCGCAGCCGCAAACGUGCCUCCCAGACAGCAAGUGCAGCCGGCUUAUGUCCCGGAACCCAAGGUUGAAGAGCCUGCAGAGGAUGGACCGGACAAGUUUCCGGUGCCUAAGCGGGUGGCUGUUGGGGGGUCACCCGCUUACAUUCCUGACCGCAAACUAGGCAAGGGCGGCUUUGGGCAGGUUUGGCUGGGUCGCCGCUUGAAUGCUAAGAAGAGCACCAAAGAGACUGAUGCUGCGAGCGCACUGAACCAGGUUGCGCUUAAAUUCGAGCACAAAAGCAGCAAGGGCUGUGCCGCGGGGCCUCCGUAUGAGUGGUCGAUAUACACGCAAUUGGGAGAAGUCUAUGGCAUCCCCAAGGUGCACUACAAGGGGCAGCAGGAUGACUUCUACAUCAUGGUGAUGGACCUUUUGGGGCCCAGCCUGUGGGACGUCUGGAACCAGAGCGGCCAGCGGCUUUCGGAGGCCUACGUUGCGUGCGUAGCCAUGGAGGCGCUCACCAUCCUCCAAGCCCUGCACAACCGCGGGUACGUCCACGGUGACAUCAAGCCGGAGAACUUCCUGCUCGGCCCGCCGGACACCAACCGCUCCAAGCGGUUGUACUUGGUGGACUUGGGCCUGGCGAUGAAGUACCGCGACGGGAGGUACGGUGGACACGUCAAGUACGACCAGCGGCCGGACGACUUCCGGGGCACCGUGCGGUAUGCCUCCGUGCACGCGCACCUGGGCCGCACCAGUAGCCGGCGGGAUGACCUGGAGUCGCUGGCGUACACGCUCAUCUUCCUGCUGAAGGGCCGCUUGCCGUGGCAGGGCUACCAGGGGCCAAACAAGGGCUACUGGGUGGCGCGGAAAAAGAUGGGCACGUCGGCGGAGAUGCUCUGUCGCCUGACGCAGGCGGCGUUCCGCGACUUCACGGACAGCGUCAUGAACGCCAAGUUUGAGGAGGAGCCCAACUACGCGCGCUACAUCGCCAUGUUUGAGCCGCUGGUCAACGUGCCGGAGCGGCCACUCGUGGUGGAGAACGCCCUCAAGCUGGUGGUGGGCAACAAGCGCAGCCGUGCCGACUUUGAGGGCGACGUGGAGAUCCAGCCCGUGAAGAAGGUCCGCACGGGCAACGGCGCGCGGCAGUGGAUCACCGUGUACAACAAGCACGCGCCCAUGAAGCAGCGGUACCACUACAACGUGAACACGAGCCGGCUGCUGGUGCACGUGCAGAAGGGCUGGGAGGAUGGCCUGUACAUCAGCUGCGUGUCGUCCUGCCAGAACCUGUGGGCCAUUGUGAUGGACGCGGGCACGGAGUACACGCAGCAGAUCUACAAGGUGCACUACAACUCGUUCCUGCCCAAGGAGUGGAUCAUGGAGAAGUGGGAGGAGGGGUACUACAUCACGGCGGUCUCGGGCAGCGACAACAACAGCAGCCUGGUGGUCAUGUCGAAGGGCACGCGCUUCACCCAGCAGUCCUACAAGGUCGCGGACUCGUUCCCGUUCGAGUGGAUUAAGAAGAAGUGGCGCGAGGGCUUCUACGUCACGGCCAUGGCGACCUGCAUGAACCAGUGGGCGGUGGUCAUGUCCAAAACCACGGGCAUCAUCGACCAGGUCGUGGAGGUGGACUUCCAGUACCCGUCGGAGGGCAUCCACAAGCGCUGGGACGCAGGCUACCGGAUCACGUGCGCGGCGUCCACGCAGGACCAGUCCGCCUUUGUGCUGUCCAACCUGCGGAAGCCGAACCUGGACGAGACGCAGGAGACGCUGCGCACCAGCAACUUCCCGACGCAGCACAUCAAGGAGAAGUGGGACGACAACCUCUUCCUGGCGGCCAUCUGCUACGGCAAGACGGUCAGCUAGACGCGCUCGUGGUGGAGAGGGCUACGCCGUCAGCGCUGGUCUUGCGUGCGAAAUUCGGACAUGUAGCAGCGGUUGGGUUAGCCAGGUUAGACCGGCGUUGUUGCGGUCUUCGUAGCGCUGGUCGCCUGGCUGUCUUUUGUCGUCGCCCAUUCGAACAUUCUCCGGCAGCGACGUAAGACAGUAUCAGGCGGCUGUUGGCGUCACGCACAGCUUUCGAACUGGCCUAGCCAGGAUAGGCAGCGCUCGUUGAGAUCAGGUUUUACGUUUUGAUUGGCUAGCUGGCAGCUGCAGGCAGUAUGUACCACGAUGCAGAUGCACAGCGGCAAGGUAUGACAGCAGAUGUUUAGCAUAUACUCGGCAAUAGGAUGAAUAGUACCAUACAUGACAGCGGGUGCACGCCCCAAGCUGUGCACGUCUAGGGUCAUAGGAAGCAGGAUCAGCGGCCAAGGCCGGGAGCAGUUGUUUGGAUAAGGCGCCAGCGCUUGGACUGCGCUUGCUGCUUUUGACACUUUGUUUUAGGGGUAAGUGACUUUUGACAGGGAGUGCGUGGAUCGUGGGUUGAACUAUGACACUUAGGUUAGACUUAGGUUGACACUUUCGACCAGUUAGGUGAGCCAUGCACUUGUAGGUGCACCUGGCUUUGAUGCACGUAUCACGUAUUGCUGAAGAGCGGGCGUCACCGUUGCUCGCUUGUGUAUGUGCUGCGGGGCAACGUGUACCAAACAUUGUACAAGAUCAGAAGAUGAGUGGCUUGGAGUUUUCCCCAUUGCAGUGCGUCGAGGGUUAGCAGCAGACAUCUAAUUGUCUAGCUUCAGACAAGUUGGCUUCGGGGAUCGUCCAAAUGUACUUCUCCACCUUUUUGUUCUUUAGUCGUCUGUACGUUCGCACCUGGGGGCACUGUUGACGGAGGAAGUGCAUAGUGCUGAUUUCUAUGCAUCACAGCAGACGCAGUGAGGUUUCUUACGCGUGUCGUCUUGCAUUGAUGCGUGUUGCGGCGUUGGAUGCACCAUUGUGCAUUCUUGGACAGGCG